CCGGUCGAGUCAGGCCGAGAGACUCAAGAGUCGACGAGGUUCGAGUUCCGCAGUCCCGUGAUAACCACCCCGACGCCCGUCCGUCGUUCUCCCUCGUCUACAACGAUAUUUCACACGCUUUCAAGCGGAGAAAACGCAUCAGGGACUGGCGAGGGGAAGAACAUCUGAGACAUGGACAAUGUGCAAAUGAUCGGAACUAAAAUCACCGCGAUCAAGGAAUACUUAUAUAACUUUGCACGGACCCACUCACCGACCAGACUCAUGAGUGCCGAGAACACUUACUCCCUGAGCAGGGAGCACACCAAUCUCAAAUAUUCCGAUAUCCUCCCCCAGAACAUGCAGGGGUAUCCAGCGACGAAGGAAUUCCUGAUGAAAGUCGUGGACAUUCUCCUCGACUUCAUCAAAUCCACCAACGAUCGGAACGCGAAAAUCCUCGAUUUUCAUCAUCCCGCUGAGAUGAUGCAACUCCUCGAUCUGGAGAUUCCAGACACUGGGUUACCUCUCCAGCAGCUCCUCCUUGAUUGCGCGACUACCCUCAAGUAUCAAGUCAAAACUGGACAUCCGCACUUUUUCAACCAACUGUCCUGCGGUCUGGAUCUGGUCUCGAUGGCCGGAGAAUGGUUGACCGCCACCGCAAACACCAAUAUGUUCACCUACGAGAUCGCACCUGUUUUUAUUCUCAUGGAGCACGUGGUGCUGGAGAAGAUGAGGGAAUUGAUUGGCUGGAAUACUGGCGAUUCUAUUCUCGCACCGGGUGGAUCAAUCAGCAAUCUCUAUGCAUUUCUGGCUGCCAGGCACAAAAUGUUUCCUCAUUACAAGGAAAAAGGACUCUCCGCCGUCGGUGGACAACUUGUCAUGUUCACUUCUGAUCAGUGCCACUACUCUGUAAAAUCCUGUGCAUCCGUGUGUGGUCUUGGCACCGACAACUGCGUGAUGGUACCCAGUGACGAGCACGGCAGACUCAUUCCCUCAAAACUUGAACAGCUCAUCCUGGAGCGCAAAGCAAUGGGACAUAUUCCAUUUUUUGUCAAUGCAACUGCUGGAACAACCGUCAUCGGUGCAUUCGAUCCAAUCUCCCAAAUCGCCGACAUUUGCGAAAAAUAUAAUCUCUGGCUGCACAUCGACGCGGCGUGGGGUGGUGGACUCCUUCUCUCCAAGAAGUACAGGCAUCCGAGACUGACUGGCAUCGAACGAGCUGACUCGGUUACCUGGAACCCCCACAAGUUGAUGGGCGCCCUGCUCCAGUGCUCGACAAUUCACUUCAAAGAGGACGGCCUCCUGAUCAGCUGCAAUCAGAUGUCGGCGGAGUACCUCUUCAUGACUGACAAGCUCUACGACGUCAAGUACGACACCGGUGACAAAGUAAUUCAGUGCGGUCGUCAUAAUGAUAUCUUCAAACUGUGGCUGCAAUGGCGUGCCAAGGGCUCGGACGGAUUCGAAAAGCACAUGGAUCGCCUCAUGGAACUCAGCGAGUACAUGGUGAAGCGCAUUAAGCAGAUGCCGGAUAAAUUUUAUCUCAUCCUGGAGCCUGAGAUGGUUAAUGUCUGCUUCUGGUAUCUGCCGACGCGAGUCAGGAAUAUGCCUCAUAAUGCUCAGAGGGAAAAGAUUCUCGGCGAGAUCUGCCCAAUCCUAAAAGGCCGAAUGAUGGAAGCAGGAACUCUGAUGGUGGGCUAUCAACCCGACGACCGUCGGCCAAACUUCUUCAGAAACAUCAUAUCAAGUGCCGCAGUAACAGAGGCUGACGUUGAUUUUCUUCUCGCCGAAAUGGAUCGACUCGGCCACGACCUGUAAAUCUGCCCCCGAAAUCGUGUACAAAGCUUAACCGAGGACAACAACCAUGAAUAUUGAAGUAAGACAUAUUUUCCGUGAAGCGCUCAGAUGCAUUAAUUGCUCACAUAUCAAUUAUUCAAGAAAAAUGUUGAUACGGUAAUGGUCAAUUCGUCUGAAAUACCUUCACGAACAGCUUAGAGAUAGAACAAAUUCAUAACAUUAAGUGUUGAAGCCACUGUUGAGAAAAAUCAGGAAAAGUAUAUAGUUUUAAGGUAAAUUAUUUAAUAGAGUCCACAGCUGUGAAGUAUUCUCUUGAGUGGGAGGGAAACGAUGGCCGGUCUCAAUAACGCUAUUUCCCUCUUCAUAUUUUUUUAUUUCGCUCCCCGGAGUUCAUUAAAAUUUCAAUAGAUAUAUAAUUGAUUAGAAUUUUUCAAAUUUAUGGUGCCUCGGUAUUGAAUUGUCCUAUUACUUAGACCGGCAAUUAGUGAAACGACAGUUUUUUUGAUGAGCAGAGACGCAGGUGGUUCUGGUUCAGGAUUAAACCAGUCCAUAAUUGCUGAACAAUGUAUUUAAUUGGGAAAUUAAUUUUAAUGAGUACUGCAGGCAAGAGUUAUCAUUGAACCAGAAUGUAAUUGCGCGAAGCGAGCUGGCUCGUUCGUGAAUGAAAUAUUUUACGAAUUGAAUGAGGGAUAAUUGUCAUUUUAAGAGUUUAACAUCUAGACGUUGUGCGAGUUACAACGAAUAUAAUCGAUUGUUUGCGAAAGUCCGUUCAGAGAAAUGAUCCGUUAUUUGUGUCCAGUAUUCGGAGCCGAUAAUUAUUUAUUUUGCUGUUGAUUAGCAUAAUUCAAGGGGAAGUACAUCAUGUGAAUGAUUGAGGAAGAGUAUGUAUUUAGUGUUGAAAUAUUGAACUACAAACAGAAACCCAUGAAAGUACGUGCUUAUUGGAGUAUUCAAUACUAUUCGUUUCUGUUUGCUUAAGUAUUUGUUGGCUAUUAUAUAAUUUAUGAAAACUCAUUGUUUUAUAUCUGGCAAAGACCAGAUAAAAUUUCUCGUGGAUAAUUACUCCUACUCCGAUGGAAAUAAACAGUGAAAAAUGAUCGUACAACUUCAUAGUUCUCAACACACUCGCCAGUAACUAAAAAAUCAUAUAAAAUCUAAUGAUAAUGAUGAAAAAGUAUAGAUGUAAUACAUAAGAGAAUAUUCUAUAUUAAUUAUGAUAAAAAAAAACACAAAUAUAUAUGUAUUUAUGUACAUUUAUGAAAUUAAAUAUUUAUUUGUCUUUUUGUUUUGAGAAUCUACGAGACGUUGUAGCGAUCGUUGCAUUUUAGGUGAAUUAAGAUCAUUUGUAGAUGGGCCGUAGUAUAUGUUCAGCGUCAAUUCAACAUCUGGUAGAUCAUUGAUUAUCGCGUAAAUGUAGCUGCUAGGUGUUACUACUGAUGAAUCAUUUCAAUUCGUUCAUAUUAAGUGUCGAUGCGUGGAUAAUUGCACACGUCAGUCCAGUGAAAUAUGUAAACAAUGAACAGAUUAAACGCUAACAAUUAUAAUUAUCCACGGAAGAGGUGGUAUACAUAUAUAUCACAUAAAUGGUGCACGCGAAAUAGAGUAUAAUGGACCGGAGCGUAUUUUUAGAGAGACACAUCCAAUUAUGAUUACGAUACCUGAAAAAGUGACGAGUAAAAUAAAUAAUAACAGAGCUGUCCUAUCGUUGUUAAUGAUGAUAUCGCAAUUUACCAAUUUUAUCUUGACUAACGGAUCGUUGACGUUAGUCACAAUGUUGAAGAAUUCUGAUGAAAGAUUAUUGUAAAAAUUGACAACGGGAAUUUUUUUCUUUAACUGACAUAUCCGAUUUGAUUUUGGGGAUUCGAAGGAUUACUUUUGGUCAAUCGUCUCUUGAUAGUUUAAUUAUUGGAUAGGUAUCAUUUAGGUGCUUAGCUACCAAGUAUUGAUACUCGUAUCAAUUUCAUUCUCACUUCAUCGUUUUUAUUUGAGUGACUAUUCACAUGUCAACUCAGUUGUGGAGAGGAAAACAGGAUAAAUCUAUGUGAGAGUUUUUAUGUAUUAAAUAUUUGAGAAAUUUCAAUUUUUUCUAUUCCUAGUGAAAAAAAUUAGGAAGAGAUUUACCACAAUCUCUAUAUGCAUUUAAUCUAAUAAAGCGUUUAAAUGAUUCUUUAAAUGUAAAAUCUUGAAUUAUUAUUUUUUUUAUAAAUGAAUUUUCUGUACGUCAUAGAUAAAAAAUAUUUUUUAUUCAUUAAAAUUAAUAAUUUGUGAGGUGAAUUAAUUGUUUCACCGCUUCAUAACUGAUCUCUGUAUCCACAUUGUACAUAAUCUUCUCCUCUUCGUCUUUUACACGCUGCAGUUCUCCCGAGCACCCAGUCCCCUCAUCCUACGCACUCUAAUUUCAAUUUUUCUACUGCUAAGAAGCCCAAAAUCGUGAUGAAGGAAAUUGACACGAGUGGAGGUGAAAGAGUCAAUAAUAAUUUUACCGAUUUACCGGUGACUCUUAAUAUUAGAUCAAUUAAAAUACUGUCAAAUUAAAGUAUAAGUUUGGUGAGCGAAGCCGCGAAUACGAUAAACAACAAAAUCUCACGUCUUCCAUUCGAUAAGAGAGAUCAAUGGUAUCAGUUAAUCGCAUUAAUUAAGUAGAAAACAUCGUAAUGAAGCCCACGUUCAAUGUUUAAACCUGUACCCAUGAUAGAGCGUAUGAGUGAUGAAGAGGCGCAUAGUGUCCGCGAAUUUUCGCACAAACGGUGUGCCGAUCUGUAACCACUUGGAGUGGAUGCGCCCCUUGUGGGGUACGGCGUCAAUGCUUGUGUUGUGUCGUAACGUGUAUUAAUUGACACCUGCUCCAUAUCAUUUCCCAAAGUAUUGCCCAGUGUAUAUCAGAGUGUCUAAUAAACAAAUGUUAUCUCAAAAUGCAAA